CUGUCGCCACCGCCGUCCAAGUCCUCAUCGUUUCUUCUACGACUUCCUUCCUGCAACCUCACAGUCUUUCCGACUCGUACCAAUGGAUGGCCUAGGCACGAUUACAUGGGAGGAAUUCCUCGAGAAUGCAGAAAGGUUUCUUGUUAUUUCAGACAAGAUAUCGGACGGAUGGGAUCUUCAUGGGGACAAGGAUAUUCCUGGACAAGCUUAUCUAGUUAGAAGAGCCAAGUACUUCGUUCCAAGUGACGCGACCGCAAGAAAGGACUGCUUGACCGACGACGAUAACGAUACCCAGGAGUUUCACGUGAGAUUUCGACAAGAUCCGCACGAGGCUGUUUCCACAAGUGAAACGCCUUUUAUUAUCGAGCAUCACAUUCUGUGGUCUAUCAGCUAUAGCGUCCCAGUUCUCUUCUUCAAUGGCUGGAAAUCAGAUUUCCCCGGGAUUAACCCAGUGAGCGUAAAUGAAGCUCAAACGGUCCAUGGUUACAAAUUAAAUUACACGGAAUUAUCGCAAGCGAUUCACCCUAUCGUCGGCACGCCAUUCUUGCAAUUACAUCCGUGUCUGUCCCAAGGGUUGUUGCAGACCAUGUCAAAGAGCAAAAAUAAACUCGUCAGCUGGCUGAGCUGCGUGGCAUCCGCGGCUCUAAAUCUCAAAAUACAUCCGGAGUAUUUCAAAUUGACUUACUGAAGCUUAGACCGAACAUUCGAACGAACAAUUCAACGGAAAUAUUUUAGACCUUGUAAACCAGUGAUGUGCAACCAGUA